GACGCGGCCCAGCUCGAUCAUCGCGGCCGCCCCGCGCCCACCCCGGUUACCCGCGCCCCGCGCUCCUCCUCAGGCUGCACGGCCGCGCCGCCAUCUUGGGCGGCCGCCGGAAUCCCCGCCCGCGCCCCCCGCCCCACUCUUCUUCUCCUCAGGCGCUGAGGGGCCGCUCGACCCCCGGCAGCCGCGGCUCGUGCAACCCGGUGGCGUUUCGGGGCUGACCCGGCGGCAGGAAGCGCCGGCGGCUCCUCCCUGUGCCCUCCCGCUCCUCCUCCUCCUCGCCCAUGUCCAUUCCAAGAUGGCCGGGAUCCCUUUGUAUUUUGUGGAUUUGCAGGAUGACUUAGAUGAUUUUGGAUUUGAAGAUUAUGGGCCAGACUGUGAUAGCAUGAGGAUAACAGCAUUCCUGGAUAUCCCUGGACAGGAUAACUUAACUCCACUGGCUCGUCUAGAAAAAUAUGCCUUCAGCGAUAAUGUCUUUAACAGGCAAAUUAUUGCCAGAGGUCUUCUGGAUGUCUUUCGAGAUUUCAGUAACAAUGAAGAAGACUUCCUGACUGUAAUGGAAAUAGUGGUCAGGCUCUCUGAAGAUGCAGAGCCAACUGUACGUACAGAGCUGAUGGAACAGAUCCCUCCCAUUGCCAUUUUCCUGCAGGAAAGCAGACCAAAUUUCCCAACAGCAUUUUUUGAAUACCUUAUGCCCAUAGUAGUGAGAUACCUCACAGAUGUUAACAAUCAGGUUAGAAAGGCAGGUCAGGAGGCACUGCUGAUACUGCUGGAACAGGACCUUGUGGCUCAGAGUGACAUUGAAAACAAAGUGUGUCCCAUCCUGCUGGACCUCUCUGCCCCUGACAGUGAUGAUGAGUACAAGGUGGAAGCUGUGAAUAUAAUCUGUAAAAUGGCCUCUAUGUUGAGCAGAACAACAGUUGAGCACAUGCUGCUUCCUCGUUUCUGUGAACUGUGCAGUGAUGGCAAAUUGUUUCAAGUCCGAAAGAUUUGUGCAGCUAAUUUUGGUGACAUUUGUAAUGCAGUUGGGCAAGAAGCCACAGAAAGACUGCUGAUUCCCAAGUUCUUUGAGCUCUGUUCUGACAGUGUCUGGGGGAUGAGGAAGGCCUGUGCUGAGUGCUUCAUGGCAGUGUCCUACACCACGUCCCCAGAGGUUCGCAGGAGCAAACUGUCCCCCCUGUUCAUCAGCCUCAUCAGUGACACCUGCAGAUGGGUUCGUCAGGCUGCUUUUCAGUCUCUUGGCCCAUUUAUUUCUACCUUUGCAAACCCUUCAAGUGCUGGGCUUUACAUUCGAGAAGAUGGGACACUGAGUAUCCGACCGCCAGCACAAGAUGGGAAUUCCAAUUCCUGUCAGCCAGGCAACAAUGUCACUUUAAUGUCCUCCAGUGCAAAUGCUACACUGUCCAGCUCAGAACAACCAAUGGAAAUCAAACCAGAAGCACCAACGGAGGAGAUUUCAGCGGAAGUGAACACAAAGCUCUCUGAGAACCUGAAUAAAGACACACGGGAAGAAGGUUCAGAUUGUUGUGCCAGUCCUGGAGGAGAUGUGUCUUGCCUGUCUCAGGGUGCCAGAGCUGGUGCUGGUGUCCCUGAGGUCACCAAGGACAGCAGUAUCCCUGGAAUGCCCUCCAGGUCUGGCGAGGACGUGUUCAACACGUUCCUGUACUGGCGCCCUCCUCUGCCUGACAUCACUCGGGAGCUGGAGCUGUUCCAGUUCAAGACUGAGAAGCACAACGAGAGCUGUUCUGUGCCAUGCAAUAACUGUGUUGCUAGUAGUGAAAUAAAAAAGGUUCUAGAAAGCUUACAAGAGCACAUAGAUGAUCCAGAUGUUCAAGCUCAGGUCCAAGUGUUGUCUGCUGCUCUCAGAGCUGCUCAGUUUGAUUCUGUUGGUGACUGUGAGACCAAAAAAAUGGAAGAAAGCAGUGGCAAUCUUCAGAACAAAACCAUUUCAGAUGAAGCAGCUGUUUCAGAUGCUGCCUGCACCCAGGUACAGGAGGACAGUCCCUCAUCCCCUGCCUCCCAGGAGAACUUCAGUGACCAGUCAGCCACCAGUCUGCUGAAAAGCACAGACUCAGAGGAACAACACAGAGGAACCAGUGUAUUUUUAAGGAAAGAGCAAGAAGAUAAUCCACCGUUUGAAGAUGACAAGUCAAAAUUCCAGGAUAUUAUCCCUCAGCCCUUACUGGACCAGUACCUGUCCAUGACUGACCCAGCUCGAGCCCAGACUGUGGACACGGAGAUCGCCAAGCACUGCGCCUACAGCCUGCCCGGGGUGGCCCUGACACUGGGCAGGCAGAACUGGCACUGCCUCAAGGACACCUACGAGACACUGGCCUCAGAUGUACAGUGGAAGGUGCGUCGGACACUGGCUUUCUCCAUCCACGAGCUGGCAGUGAUCCUGGGGGAUCAGCUGACAGCUGCUGAUCUGGUGCCAAUUUUCAAUGGGUUCCUGAAAGACUUGGAUGAAGUGCGUAUCGGCGUCCUCAAACAUCUGUAUGACUUCCUGAAGCUACUUCAUGCAGACAAAAGGCGAGAGUAUCUUUACCAGCUUCAGGAAUUUGUGGUGACUGAUAACAGCAGGAACUGGAGGUUUCGUUACGAGCUGGCAGAGCAGCUGAUCCUGAUCCUGGAGCUCUACAACCCCAACGAUGUCUAUGACUACCUAAGACACAUUGCACUGACUCUCUGCUCUGAUAAAGUCUCAGAAGUUCGGUGGAUCUCCUUCAAACUGGUUGUAGCAAUCCUACAGAAGUUCUACACAAACAGUGCAAAUGCACUGGGGUUAAAUUUCAUCAACGAACUUGUCGUGCGGUUCCGUCACAGCUCCAAGUGGGUUGGAAGACAAGCCUUUGCCUUCAUUUGUCAGGCUGUGGUGGAGGAGGAGUGUAUGCCCGUGGACCAAUUUGUGGAGCACUUACUGCCCAGUCUCCUGAGCCUUGCCUCAGAUCCCGUGCCCAACGUCAGGGUCCUGCUUGCCAAGGCUCUCAGGCAGACACUACUGGAGAAAGCUUAUUUUAAAAGUGUUGGCAAUCCUCAUCUAGAAGCUGCAGAAGAGACCAUUCUGGCCCUGCAAUCUGACAGAGAUCAAGAUGUGUCUUUCUUUGCCACCAUAAAACUAAAACAGGGUAACAUGGACAAUAUUACCAUUGAAAAACAAAACUAACAAGUUGUUCUGCAGCAGGGGCUGAACAGCAGGACAGUUGUUCACUUUGUGGUCAUGUUGGUGUGAGUAAUGUGGGCAGAUAAGGUGGGUUCUGUUACCUGUUUGAGCAGGAAACGUUCCUGUCUUCAUUUCAUGACCUCGUUUCCUCUGCCCCACUGUUUGAUUCCCAUGAGUAAUCCCUUAUGGUUUUCCCUCUGUAAAUGUGGGUGAUAACUCUGAUCUCACCUGUAGUUCAGUAUUAUCUGUAAAGUCUUACACCACACUCAGUGUUUCAGUGUUAAUUGGAAUUCACAUUUCAUUUUUUAACAAAACAUUUCCAGUAGCACAAGGCUGCUACAAGCUUAAAAUGGUUUCUGAAUCCUAAAACCUGAUUAUAACAAACUUUCCUGAAGCUCUUCUUUCUUCACUUAUACUGUGGUUUUUGUAUUGUUUCAGCUAUUGCAUUUAUUUGAAAAAAGUGUAUAUAUGUGAAUAGUUUUGAAUUGUAACAAAAAUUAAUGAUCUGAAUUCUGUAUCAGUGGAAAAAGCUCAUAAAACAUUUCAUUUUUUAAAGUAGUUACACUGCUAGAAUUAGGGCAUGGGUCAUUUUUACUUAAUAUGAUGUGAUAUUUUUCAAAGCACAGAGAGCUCAAGAUUCUUUGUAUAUUGUGACAUUUCCAUUAAUUUGUUACUUCUGAGCUACACUCUUACAGGUGUUAACAGUCAUAACAACAGCCCUGUUAUUUCUUGACCACCCUCACAGGUCAGUUGGUGUUACUGCUGACUCUCCUGGGGUAGGGAGACUGUAGAUUUCCCAAGUGGAAAGUUCCUCAUUCUGCCCCAGCAAAGGUCACUUGAGGGAUUCAGUUCCUGCAACACAACCUGUGUCUGUACAGGGGUGUUACAGAAGGUGACAGGCUUCAGUUUGUUUGUUUUACUCACCUGGUUUAACAAAUACCUUUCAGCCUGCCCAGUGUUUAAAUCCCAAACAGCUUUUCCUGAGAAACAGAGGACCUCUAAAUUCUGAAAACAGCCAGAUCAGAAGUGUUCCAGGGAAAGGUGUGACACAGUUUGCUCUGUAACUUCUGUGGAUUGUUUGGGAAGGUUUGGGGCAAACCCCAAAUGAAGGUUACUGAAGGUAAGGUGAGGCAGGAUGUCUUCUGUGUCCUGAGACAAGGGAUUUGGAAGAAAGGAAAAAUGCACAGGUGGAGCAGAGUUGUGUUGGGAAAAUUGAGUAACUUCAGACAGUUGAAAAAUGAUAAAGCCAAUACUUUUGCUGGGCCCUGUCUUCUCCUGGGUCCCAAAUCUGCAAUAAUGUGCAGCCUGGGGGGAAAAAAAAAAGCCAUUCUUAUAGUGGGGAUUGAAACUAUCCUGUUCCAAAACUAAUGCUUGAAUACUAAAGAAAUGGCUCCACGUGGUGACAGUUACUGGCUGAGGAGGGUCCUUUCUCCUGCACAGACCUGUGGAAGUGUCUCCCCUCAGAGUUCACGUGGGCAAGGUUGUUACAGCAGUGGCUGUUUUGGUUGGGUUUGAGUGGGGCUUGUCUGCAAUACAAGUAGGUUUCUCAGCUGGGUUCUGUGUUUUGGGAGGGCUCAGUUUUGGGUAAGUUAACUGCUCAUGUAUUAUAUGAUCUGUACAGUAUUUGUAACAAGUGAUUUCCUUGUGAGAUCACAAACUGCUCUUUGGGAGCUGCAGGCAGAACUAUACCACUGCUACUGCAGCAAACAGUGUAAACUCUGUAAACUCUUUAAUGUUCUACAUUCAAUUUUUUACAGGUUUUUUUUAUAAUUUAAAACAAAUACUUCUUCAGUACAGACUUUUUAUGAUUGCUAUUUCUUAACAAAAAGACCCCUCAAGUUAAUUUUUUCUAGUUCUAAUAUCUUUUUCUAAUGCUGGCAUUAUACUGGUAUUUUCUAACAGUUCAGAUUUUCUAAGGCCUUUCUGACAAGGUUUGACUUCUGUUUUUUAUUAUCAGUUCAUUAAAUUUCUCAGCACUGAACAGAUUUUUUUUUUUAAAGUGUGUGUAUAUGUAAGUAUGUUUGAAAUAUACUGUAUAUAAAUUAAAUACCUUGAACAUAACCCAAGCCAGGUUUCUGUUUGUCGGAUCACCUUAAAUAGUUUCCUUGACUUGCAAUAAUCCACUGGAAAACACAAGCUUCCAUAUGUUUUAGCAUGUUUGGUUAGUGUUCACUGGGAGUUUUUAACUAGAAUGCGUGUAAAGGGUAAGCCACCAGCCAUAAAAGUUCACUAAAAGGCUAAACAAAGCUCCUUGUUUUUAACAAUAUUCUGGUACCUCUCUGGCUCCCAAAUUCCUGUCAGUUUGGAACGAUAUGAUUUCAGUGGAGUGUUUGAAAACCUUCUUUUACAACUUUACACUUGCAUGUACUAACAGGGGCCAUCACAGUUCUGGGGUGGGUUUUUUGUAGACUGUGUGGGUCUGUUAAACAGAUUUACCCUCUACAAGUUUGUCUCUUUGGUUGAGUUUUAAACUAGAGGUGGUUUCAGCAUGACUAAGGCUGCACUUUAUGUCUUGUACAGGACAAAUGUGUGCAAUGGGUACAGGGGGGUGUUGAUGGAGUUCUCUGGGCUCUUCAGUUAUGCAAAGAGAUGCGUUUGAAAAGCCAGAUGGAGCAAAGGUAGAAUUUCACAACAGCAGUAAGAAUAGAGCUCUCCAUUUCCAGCUAAGGAACGUGACAGUAACAGUGGUGGGUGCAAUAUUGCUUGGAUGCUGUAGGAAAUGGUCAGGCCCUUGUGAUCCAAAGGAUUCCAGCCCCGUGGUGUCGCUGGUCCCCCGUGUGACGUCCCCGCGGCAUCGCUCGGCUGUGUCUGUGCACGGUGCUGUUCAGAACCCAGUUAAGUGGGGACACUCUGGAAGUGUCUCUUGUUUGUCAGAGUAAAGAAUCUAUGUAACUUUCUAUUUGUAUUUAUCUCAAUAAAUCUGUGACUGUUUUAUAAACCAACCUGUGGUAACCGGCUUUUGUCAUGGGUGGGAUGGGAGUGUAUUCUGUGGGUUAAUGAAACAUCUCUCAGGUGUCUGACCAAGGCUGAAUGUGGAAUUUUUCAUACUGAGCAGUAAAAAAAAAAAUCCAUUAGAUAUCCAGAGAUGUGAAUUAGCUCUCCCUGUACUUUUUCCUUGAAGUGAGUGUGCCAAAAGUGCUUCAACUUAUCCUGAUGGCUGGAAAAUAUUUGCAUUAUUUUAAUUCAGCUGUCUGCCAUUUUACAUUUCACUUUCUCAACAAGAUACUUAAUCCAGGUGGUUUUGUAUAGAUAGGAGAAACAACACAAAGUAUGCAUAAAAUCCUUUUUCUUGGUUGUCUUAAAAUACCAUUGGAAGGUUGAGGUUGUCUGUUCUUGGGUGUUCCUGUGAGGCCAAGGGACUUGUCUAUGUUAUGAGAAUCAGAGGCAGAAACUGUUUCAUAUCCCUGUGUAUUAAAUGUUCUCCCUACCAGGUGUAAAGCAGGAAAUGGAAGGAUGUGCCCCAAGAACAAAGGGUUCUUUGAAACAAAAGCUGAGAAAACCACUGUGGAAGAUGCAGCCCAACAUGGAAAUGGUUUUGCAGGAGGAACAGCAGCAUGAGCACCUGACAGUUGCUCCUAAGAGGCCUCUCAGCAACACUGCAGAACUGAUGUUUGAGUUUAUUACCAAAAAAAGCUCUUCCUGGGAAGGAAUGUGAUACAGGACUGUUUCCUCAGAGCCCACCUGGGAAUUACUGAGGACUUCACGGGCACCACACAGAGUUCCUGGGAGCAGAGCAGAGCAAGGGACAGGUGGCACUCAGAGCUGCCCUGGAACUGGCUGUGGCCAACACAGAGCUCGUGUGGGAAGUGCCAAGUUUCUCCUGAGACGUGGUAAUGCUCUUGGAACAAUCCUCCUCUGGCACAGCAAACCCCCUUCUUGCUUCCCAGGCCGCAGAAUUGCCCCCAAACGGCCUCGUGUAUUUGGUGUUUGAGGUGGGGAGUGUGUUCAGCACAGCAGUGCUGAGGUGGGCUUGGAGACAGGAAUAACAGAUGAUCUUUUACAAUGAACCAUUUAUUGAUGGGACUUCCCUGCCUGUGGGGAUAUAUAACUUGUUAGCUCAGGGAAUUUUUGAACAGAAAGAAAGAGAAGCUUGUUGUUGUACCUGUUCCAUAUUUAUCAAUAGACACCAGUGGUGCAGAACACUGACAAUCCUUACAUUCACUUCUUAAAGUGACCCAAAUGGACAUAAAUUGUUAAAUGCCAGAGCACUUACAGCUUGUAAAACCCAACAGACAUCAGGAAACUGGUACUGAUUGGGCUCUGACAUGUUGUUUUCCUCUUGCUUAGGAAAGAGAAUUGUAGUCAGCUUGCAAUCUCCCUGACAUUGUUCAUAAAGGAAGCAGACAAAAAGUACCAAUGAAACAGAAGGGCUGCAAUUUAGUGAAUUUAUGCAAAACACAAUCAGCAUUCAAACUGGGAGUUACCAAGCAGAUAUGUAUUGAUAGAAAAGCCAAAAUAUUCUCUGUGCAUAACUUGUGAAAUGUUAAAACAGAAUUUCAAGAGACUCCUGGAACUCCCAUAACUAUAGGCCAGAGAAGAUGCAGCAGUGAAUUCUACCACUGCCAAAUUCCCAAGGAGUGCAGAGGCAUUGAUUUAAUCCCUGACACCUCAGGCUGGACCAGCUCUGCUGGGACACAGGAGCUGGUAUCAGUAAGGAAAAACAAACAGCUUUUUCAGGAGAGGGAUUAGAAGGGAGGGUGAUUGCUUAUAAAAGAUGGUUGCAAAGAAUCUGUGCUGGGGAGAGGGAAGAGCAGUGAGGAGGGAGUAAAGGGCAGAGAAAUGGGAGGAACUGCAGGUGGGAAACAUUCUGAGGGUGGUCUGUCUAGAGCACAAUCUCUGCAGCAGAACCCUCUGCCUUCAUUUCUGGACUUUGCAGUGUUCCUGAGCUGUGACCACAGCAUUCAAAGGCAGCCAGAAUCCGGCAGGGAGCUGUGCCUGAGGAUCCUGCUGACCAGGAACGUUUAGAGAGGAAGGUGGUUUGCAGAGGGGAGCCAAAAGCUAUUAAUUUUCUCCUGUGCUUCCAGCAGCCCGUUUGGGUUGGUUUGAUGCCUAAGCCAGGCUGCAAUUGAGGUCAGUGCUUUGGUUUCCCUUUAAGCUCCAGUUCUCUAUGCACUGUUCUGUUUGCCCCAUUUGCUUGACAUGACUGUCUGCUCUGGGUUGAUGGUGUUUUUCUAGAAUUCCUGUGUGAACAGAAGCUAAUAAAGGAACUGUCAACUCAGAAAGCCCCUCUUAAAAUACAGUUCUACUGGCUUGGGGUAAGAAAUGCACAGAUCCCUUGGCCAAACCUCCUCCGUGGAAUUUGUAAUCCUAUUGCAAUUCCUUUGGUUUCCAGUAGCCAAACAACCCCUGGGGUCAAGCAGAAGUCAAGGUAUAAAAAUGGAUGGCUCUGAGCCUCCUUACCUGUUAGCUGCCAUGUGUUAGAGGGAUGAUGUGGACUGCAGCAGUUCUGUUCCCUCUCCUGGUGAGUGUUUGGGUGCAUAAUUCAAAUGUAUGCGUGUGUUUGAAUUCCAGCUUUCAUUGAUUGAAUUGGUCUAUGAUAAUAAACAGUAUAAAUAAAUCAGGUGGGAGUUAAAGCAUUGGGGAGGGGAAAAUUAAAUUCAGUGCAGUGACCUCGAGCAGAAUGUAAUUUCAAAAGUGCCUUAAAUAUGCUGAUGGCAUAAAGUAAGGCUGAGGAAGUUGGAGGGGCAGGAGAGUCAGGGAGACAGGAAUAAAACAAAAUUAUUUGGAUUUAUCAGGAUUACAGGCAGAUAUGGUUUAUGCAGUUAAUUGUAGAGGAGUGUCAGUCACGAGGCCAGGGACCAAAAGUGAUCGGAGAGCAGUGGGAAUGAGGGCGGUGUGGAAACGGAUCCGAGCAUGUGCAGCACCAGGGGAAGGCUCUUCCUGGGAGCAAUCCAAGCAAAGCAGGGAGGAGGAUGGGGGGAUACAGCCAUGCCAGCAGGAAUUACAGGGACAGUCAGGCCUUGUCUGUUGGUGUAAAACAUGCAGGAAUCCUCUCGGGCUGGUUUGAUGAAGCAAAAACCUCCUGGCUGUUGCCGAUGAAGAGAGGAGAAUCCAGCUUUUGAUGUUACAGGAAACAUGAUCUGUAACUGAGCUGCCUAAUAGUUCAUAGUUAGUUCAUCACACUGACUUCAGACUAGAAAAAUAGAAAAAUGCUUUGUUUUGGACUAAUGAGCACCCUGACAGCCACAGGAAAGCAAAGAAAUUGGUGAAUCCUUCCAGUUGGCUCAUGUAGAGGUAGAUCCUGUGGGUUUGAAAGUACUUGUUUUCUUCUGGUUUUCUUUCCUUCUUUUUAGUUGUUUUAAUUUUUUAAAUAUUUGAUUUGUCCCUUAAAUUGUAACCUUUUUUUCAGUUGUGGCCAAGUAGCUUUUGAAACCCAGUCAAAGGCAGAAGAACUAAAAGGAGAGCUCUGUGCAUGGAAGUCCAUCCGUGUCCUUGCAGCUUCUGUUGUUCUGUCAGAUACCAUAUUAACUGUCCUUGUUUAAAAGUGCUUUCUCUACCUUGGCCCAUAUCUCUAAGUGUCACUUUUAUACAUCUUUUCCUCAGAAGAAAUUAGAUAUUUGAAAAUAUAAUCUUCCUGUCUUACCUUUUAGCACCCCAAUUUCAUUUAUGUCCAGAAAGAUUCCCAAGAGUUGAUAAUUUCCAGUAUCUUAACACCUAGGGCAUAGCAAUAACACACGGACUUCUCUUUUCCUUUGAGUCCUCCCUGCUUGAUGCUGCAUCACAUGAAAUCCAUUAUUGUUUGGAAGCCACAGCUUCAGUUUGCCAUAGCUGAGUAAGACAGUGAGGAGCUACAGGGAAAACUGAACUGGGAAGGGCAGAAGCGAAAGCAAGUCACAAACAACUUAAUUUCCUACCUAAUCCUCGUGUCAUAUCGGAAUUAAAUCACAGGGACUGGUGAAAGAAUCCUUGGGGAAGCAAGAGAUGCACUCGGAAUUUUCCCUUUUCUGAGUCUCUUCAGGGUUUUGUGGCCUCUCACUGAUGUGCUGCCCAGCUGAGUGUCCCUGCCCAGGAUUCUGGGAGCAGGCUGGAUGUGCUCUGAAAUGUUCUCUACCCCCACCAGACACGGAUCUUCCUGUGGCUGCUUCUGUUGUUCCAACGGUGGUGACAGAAGGCUGACCUCCACGUUUCUGUUAUCCCUCAGUUCUCCACAGCAAACACUCAGCAGUAGCUGGAAUCUGCAUCCUUGGAGUUCUGUUGUCAGUUUGGGCUGUUGUCACACACUUAGCUAAUACCCUCCAGUAAUUUUAUUUCUUAUUCACAUGCACACUUAAUGUCCUUCGUCAUUAGACUGAAAAAUGUUAACCUUGUCAUAGUUAGUGACUGGAAGCAGAAAAGUCCUUUUCAUUCUCAGGGGAAUGAAUUCUAAUUUUCUGCUUGUCAGAAAGUGACAUUUUACAUAUUUUUCUCUUUUUUUCCCCACCAGUUUAGUGCUAAAUUUAAAUGUGUGUGUCAUAGGAACAGACCUUUAGUCUGUGCUAAACACCCCAAAAGCCUUGGCAGGUGUCCAGUGCAUGAGAGCCUUGACCAAGAGCUGCUGCUAAAGCUCAUUUGAUGCACUGCAGAGAAGGGGAGGUGAGGCUGGGAAGUUGGAGAUAAGGGGUUAUCUCAGAGGGCACAUUAACAUUGCAUGUCAGGAUGCAUUUUUUUUUUCCCCUAGAAAAUAUGGAUGGAUGAAAAGCAGCUCAUCUGGAAUAAAAUGUCCAGUGAAGAAACAAAUUAUGUUAAUCAAGCAGACUAGUAUUAAUAUUUGUCAUAAAGAUGUGACACCUUCUAUUUAAUGUCACAAACUACUGGGAGCCUUUGAAAAAUGUACUGGUGGGAAGGAAAGUUCUCUGCAGAUACUGAGUUCACUGUUCUAUGAAAGGGAAUAACUUGUCUUGAAAAUUAGAUGGCAUUUAUGGCAAAGAGAAGUAAUCCUCCCACAGAUUACAGCUGUUCACUGCAUUGUUGUGCUGGUGGUCUUAUCUCAUCAGUGGAUAUUUUAUAAGGAUCUUUCCUUUUUUUCUUUUUUUUUGAUACAUUUCCAUAAGCCUGUUCUGAGGAGGACAUUGUGUGCUGGGAGCUGGGUGUAUUUUGAGAAAGGGACACCACUACAAAGAACUCUUGAGUCUAAAUUGCAAAGAGGGGUGAAGUAAAAAUGAGGGAUGGUUAUUUUGCUUUUUACAGAUGGGAGCUGAAGCAGAGGAGGUGACUGUUGUGGCCAAAGUCACCCUGGGAGUCCGUGGAAUUGCAUCCUGAUCUUUGAAGUACAGUUCCAGUAUUUUACCAGAUAUUGUCUCUCUGUUCCCUUGCUGAUGAAUGUGGACUUAAUAUGCACAUGUGUGAUGAGCCAAACAUGUUCUGCAUGUGUUGAGCCAAAUUCUGACCUGAGGCCAUGAGGGGAGGGCUCCCUGGGCUGGCCAGGAGCGUUUGCAGGGCUGGGCUCAGCCCAAGGACUGCACAGUGCUGGCAUUUCUAAAGCCCCUCCUGGGCUGAACUUUGCCCCCCUUGCCUGUUUGGUGUUUGAGCCAACUCGGGGUUCUUGGGAAUUCUGGAGAAGUGCUGGCAGGGUGCUGGGUGAGGCACUGCCUGGCUCCUUGUCCGACCUCUUGCACUGCCUGCACACCAGAUGCUGAUUAAUGAUUAGCAUGUAACUAAUUAAUAAAUCAAUGCCACAAACAAAUAAACCAUCCAUUACAGUGGCUUCCCAAGUCUCUCCCUUCUGGGAGAGAAGGGAGACUUGCAGGCAUUCCCCCCUUCUCUGUACAGAGGUGCCUCUGGACUGUGCCGUCUGGACACCUGGCAGAUCUGCUGUGUGGAUGGGAUUCAUUGUAUUCCACAGGUAAUUCAGUAUGUGCUGGGGAACAAAUGGACGUUUUUGGUUUAGUUUUGUUCUAUGCAGGGGUGGGUGAGUGGUCAGCACAGUCAGUGUGGGCUCAGGAGGAACAAGUCCAGUGUUGUGUGUUCCUGUAAGGCCCUGGCAUCUGGCCCUGAAGGGCUUCAUCCACACUGACUGAUUUCUGACAACAGCCUUUGAAGUCUAGAGAUAAGAUCUGAUUGCCCAGGCUCCCUCUGUAGCUUUGUGGAGAAAGCAAGGAUCCUGUGGGGUAUCAUUUAAAGGUCUGAAUUUGGACUCCAGUCCUGAAUCAUGAUCAGAGCUUAAAAUUAAUCCACAUGGCACAUCAGACAUCACUGACCUGAGCCUGUCUGAGCCAAAAUCAAGCACCAAAUUGAGCUACUGUGUUGUCAUCAUCAGGCUGUCAGAAACACAGAAACUUCUGUGCCUCUGGCCUUAUUUUUCAAAAAUAAAAACCAUUUGAAGGUGUUGUGAUGUGUUAUGUAAUAGAGCUAAUUAAUGCCCUUGUAACAACUAACCAGAGCAUUCAGACAGAAUUCAGAGGUGGUUUCUGAAUCUGUUCAAACACCUCCAAAUCCAGAAUGAGACAAGGGAGGAAAUAAAUUCCUGAUGGGCAUGAAUGAUUUUUCCAUUCUUCUUACACAGAAACUGUGUAUGUACUUCUGUGCAGUUCUUGGGGCAUGAUUUAUAUAUUGCAAUAAAUAACAAGUGAAUGUGUGCAUAAUUUAAAGGGACAAUAAAGGAAAGCAGAUGAUUUAAUUGAAUUGUGUAUAAUAAAGCUGUAAUUUUUCAGGGAAGGCUGAGGUCAACCAGGUGACCAAACUGACCUAUUGGAACCCGAGGGACAGGACAAGCUCUGCAGUCUGGCUGUCACUGCCCUGAUGGGGACUGGUCAGUAGGCAAAGGCUUACAUGGCAGUGCUGUGUAUUUAUCUACUUCUCCUCUCCACAUAGAAGUUGUGUAAAUGAUCAUUAUAGAGCCCUUCUCCAAAACAGAUCUGCCUCACUGGGUUUGGAGAUGCUUUUACACAUCCCUGACCAUUAUCUGCCUGUGCAUUACUGGGCUCCAGGACAGCUCCAGCACCAGUGCCAAACACACGUGAAAUGAAUGAAAAACAUAUUCCAAAUAAUGGCAGUACUUAUGUGAUUUGGUGUCUUCUGUGUUCCACAAAGCCUCAGGAGCUGAUGGGCACACAGCAGUGCGGGGUCUGGCUGCCCAGCAGAACCAGCCUGGUACUGCUGACAGGUAAUGAUAGAGUGACUCCAACAGCGUGAAUGGAAGGUGAAUUAAAAGCAGAUUAAGUGCAAAAUAUACUUCCUAUAUGCAUGCAGGGCACUUUAAUUGUGAUUUAUUGAGUAUGAAGAAGAUUGUUCCCUCUCAAGUUAGACAGUGCUGGCCCAAGGUGAAGGAGUUAGUCUCAAGCUGUCCAUUGCUAGUGCCUAUCCCAGUGAAAUGCUGAUUUUUCUCAGCACUCUUACUGAAAAAAAAAAAACUAGAAGGGCAAACAAACACGGUGAAAGACCUGUUUUGGUCAGACCUGUGGUGAGAGCUGGUGAAAGUUUUCUCAUUCGCACAUAAAUAACUCAAAUUAUUGUGGAUUAUUAUGGAUUCUCUCGGAGAACAAAAUAAUAAACACUGUCCCUCCAUGCUCCCUCACCAGCCUGUCAGUUGUAUCUUGGCUUCUCCUGAGAGACUGUAAAUAUGUGGGGUUUGUUCAUUAGCAGUAUAAUGUUAAGAUGGAAGCUGUAAUGCACGUGAUGGGAGCACAAGAAAUUACUUCAGCUUUCAUUGAAACAAAGGACAUGACUGUGCUCUGGCAAUAGGAGCAUAAUGGCUGUUUAAUUUUUCCAGACAGGGACUGGAGCUCACUGGGGUUUUUUUGGGCUCUUGUUUUGUUUUUGUUUUUGCUCCAGCUUUUAAGGAUGAGAAUGUUGUGUCUGACGCGUGUCAGCAAGCAAAGGAGAUUCACUAGCAGAGCUGGGUCCGUCUUGCUCCCCGGUGAGGAAUAAAAGCAUGAACCGUCUCUCACUUCGGGAGGAGAAGGGGGGGCUGUUUCCAGGCUGCGGGAAGUGCGAAGGCAUUGUCAGGUUUGGGUCAGGCGGAGCCGGGGCUGUGCUGAGCUCUCAGCAGGACCCAUCAGCCGGGUGUCACUCGGCAGCCUGGAGGCAUCUCCGGGAAAAGCCAAGACAGAAGUGUGGGGGGCGAAGCUGCCGUGUCUUGUGGUGGUGCAAGACUGUUCUCUGUAACAAUGAUCUUUGUGGAAAGCAGGCACAAAAAUGGAUAAAAGAAUAAAGAGCCUUUAUCAAGGAAGCAGAGAGAGAAAAUGGCCACUUCUACACUCCCCACAGUUAGAUGCUAAAUAAUGCUGUUAUCAGAGCUGUUGUGCCCACAUUUAAUCCCAGCCUGGUACCUGCAAGGCCUGAUCCUGCCCUCAGCUGCAUCCAGGGAAUCUGGUGUCAGUGGGGCCGCUGCACUGAAAAGGAUGGGUAGGGAAUGAAGAACUCUGUUCUGUUUAUUUCUUCACGGUUGCAUCUGGUUUUGUGCUUUGAAGUUCUCAGAUUUAUUUCAAUCUUCAGGUUUAUUUUCACUUCUUUAGGGAAGCAGAUAAAGCAGGGAGGGGGAAAUAUGAGGGACGGGGCCAAAUUCAAAGUGGAGUCACUUGGGCAACAUAAAAAACCUGCAACCCCAAGGUGUAAUUUCCAUUGGUAAAACCAUGUUGAACCUACUAAUUGCUUCAAAAUUACAGCCAGAUUUCAACUUUGUAACUGCAGAGUGCAGCUCACCUAAACCAGGACAAGGGUAUCACAUGAGGGAGCUUGGAAGAGAACCUCGUGGGCUGCCUCACAGGAAAAAUGGUAAAACUGCAUUUCCCUUAUUGUCAGGCAUUUCCUGGACUCUGGAUUUAUUGAUUUAAUCCCUUCUCUCCGUUCUGAAACAAUCGAAUAUAUACAAAUUUAGAAGUCCCUAAAACAGUAGCUUGCCUCCACAUUGCAAUGGACAUUGAACAGCAAUAGAUUUAAGGUCCUUUGGCAAUGUCGGGUGGGUGAACUCAGUUUUUGCCUGCGUUUGAUUGAAAAUUUGGAUAGUUGUUUUCCCAACGUUCCUGAUUUUGUUUUACAUUUAGCUCUCAGUACUUUAGUCCUUGCUGUGUAUGACAGAGCAGACUGAGGGCGAUGUUUUGUUCACUGGCAACCCGACCAGUUUCAGAGCACAACAGUAUCAUUUUCCAGCACAGUUAAAUUUAUUACAGCGUGGUCCUGUGAAAUGGUCUGACGUGCUUUCAACUAUCCAAAUAACAAUUUGCUGGGAUGUGGAAACCACAGGAGUCAGGAAGAAGGUAGUAGUCUGUGAGUGGGUCUUGUCUGUCUUGCUACAGGGACAUGGUUUCCUGGGGAAGAAAACACAACACGUUUAGGACCCAGUGCAAGAAGUGCCCUGGGCUGGGAUUCACUUGGGGCAGCAUUUCUGGUCAGGUUGUCACUGACCCUGUUAGAUUAAUGUUUGUCACUUUGGUACUUUGUAGAAUGUGGAAGAAACCACAAUGAAUCCUUCACUAAAGGGGGAAAUAACGUGUAUGGAUGGGGAGCCUCAGGUCUCUGGAAAGGGUUUUUUAAAUCCUCUGUUUUGUAAGGCAAACAGUCUCAGAACUGGAGUUACUUCAGGCUGACAGAGCAGCCAGUAGCAGGAACUGGAGACAGGAAUUUGGGCUCGGAGUUAGGAGUGCAAUGGGGAUCAUUAGGACAGUCACAGCAUGUAUCUGGAGAAAUGUAGAAAUGUCUCGCAGAACAGUGAUUAUUCUCCAAGCACUCACCUUGUGCAGACACUGCAUCACUUGCCUGUGCACAUCCUGUGGUUGCUUUUCAUUUGGGUUCUUUCAAAAUGUACAGCAACACUGCAUUCUGAGUGCUACUUAUUCAGAAUCACCAUUUCAACUAUCAUCUAAUCAAAAAUCUUUAUUCUCUGAUGCAAAAUGCAUUUUAAACAAAUAACAAUCUUUCAACUCUGAGUUCCUGGUAAAAUAUCUUAUAUUAAUGAAUUUAUAAAUAGCAAGUGCCAGUUCUAUGCCAAUUCUAACAGCACAGAAAAGAACACACUGUGAAGGAAAACAUACCAGGUUUUUGUUACCCAAUUUUGUUGUUUGUAAUAUAAAUGCUUGUGAGAAAGAUAAUUCUGAUUUCAUAGUUCUUUAGCUUAAAUAUGUUGUCAUUUAAGCCUCUACUCUUAUUCCAGCAGGAAGCCAGGAAAGCAUCUGCAGGCACACAGCCAUGGGGGCAGGAGCUGUGCCGGACCUGUUUCCAUGCCUUGCUGUGGUGACUGGGAUCAAAUCCAGUCACAUUUUUGUGUGUGCAGUUCUGAAAGCAGCAUCCAGAGUAAAAGGAGUCUGUUGUCAAAGAACCAGUUCACCUGAAAACAACACUCCAAAGCCGAGCUGGCUUCGGCUCCCUGACAGAGUUCAGUCAGCUAAGGAGGAGUUGCUGUGCAGCCCCUGUGCUCACCCAGAGCUGCCCAAGAGACGACACCAAAUGCAAGUUGGGUUGAAGCACAAGGAGACAUCUGAAUAUACUGGCACCUUCUUUGCACGUUUUGGUUCUGGAUCUAUGAUUUUUAUACAGAAUUAAAAUUUUCUUGACUUUU